ACAACAGCAGCAUCAGCAGCAGCAGCCCAAUGUUGUUGCUGUCGCUGCUGGUGCUGGCAGCGCUGCUGCAGAUCAGCUGCGCCGUGGAGUUCACGUUCGAUUUGGGCGACAAUGCGGAGGAUUGCUUUUACGAGGAGAUCAAGCGCAAUACGAGCGCCUAUUUUGAAUUUCAAGUAUCCGCCGGCGGUCAACUGGACGUGGAUGUGGUCCUCAAGGAUCCACAGAAUCAGAUCAUCUAUUCGCUGAACCGUGCCACCUUUGAUAGCCAUCAGUUUAUUGCCGAGACAACGGGCGUUUAUACCGCCUGCUUUAGCAACAAGUUUUCGGCGUUUUCGCACAAAAUCGUCUACGUGGACUUUCAGGUGGGCGAGGAGCCGGCUUUGCCCGGCGUCGAUGAGCACGCCACGGUGCUAACCCAAAUGGAGACAUCAUCCCAGGCGAUACACAAGGCCCUCAACGAUAUACUGGACGCCCAGACGCAUCAUCGGCUGCGCGAGGCGCAGGGACGCAAACGUGCCGAGGAUAUCAAUCAGCGUGUCAUGGUCUGGGCAUCGCUGGAGACGGCAACUGUGAUCCUGAUUGGACUCGUCCAGAUAUUGGUGUUGCGCAACUUCUUUACGGAUCGCAAGCCCAGCCAGGCGCGCUAUGGUCGCCUGUAAUCUGGACGAACUGGAGCACGCAGUGGGAGCAGCGCAACCAUCUCUACCAUACACACACACACACACACACACACACGCAUAUAUAUAUGUAAAAAUUUUUUUUUAUAUUAUUUUUAAUGUUACGAAACUGUUGCCAGGCUACCUUCUCUCACAUGUAUUCCCAUUGUCCAGCAAAUUGUAAUUGAUUUGUUUAUGAGCCCCCCUUCCCACGCCCAGCCCACACCCCCUUCAACAGAGAAAGAGAAUUGUUUUUCUUCAAAAAAAAAAAACAAAAACAAAACAAAAAUACAA